UCUCGAAGUAGCCUCUCCGACAAAAGUUACGUUUGGGGAGUAAAAUAUGAAUUUAAUGUUUGUGCUAUAAUAUAUCCUCUCGUGUAGCCCACAGAAACGUAACUCGAGAACUUAGUUUUAUUUUCUUUGGCUCUUUUGUCAGUGUAAAUAGAAAUAAACUUCCAGCUCAAAUCUGGGAGACUGCGAGCCGAUGGAGAGCAGAUUGUGUGGAUACAGAUGAGGCACGCUGCUAGCUAGCUAACAGGCUACUAAGGAAAUGGUGAGCAGCGACAUUAUCCACUGAAGAACAGCAACAGGAAGUCGAUCUACUGGCAUGGAGGGCAACGGCGAGAUCAGUGACACUGACAGCGGCAUCAUCCUUCAUUCAGGCUCUGACAGUCCAACGACACAUACGAAGGAUGUGACCACACACACACGGGCCAUGAAGCUCAAGCACCAGGCUCUCCAAAAACGACUGGAGUUCUGCUUACAGGAGCUGAAGCAACUCUGCAUCCGAGAAGCUGAGUUGACAGGCCGGCUCUCAGAUGAUUAUCCUCUACUGCUGGGAGAGAAGCCUCCACAGAUUCGCAGACGUAUUGGAGCUGCGUUUAAACUGGACGAACAAAGUAUCCCUCAAGGAGCAGAGGAGUCAGAGCUGAGUUUAGUGGAUGCUGAGUUAGCACUUCAGAUGAAGAUAUUCGAGGCAGCGCGCAAACUCUGCGAGGAGGAUCACCUGAGUAAGGCUGUGAAAAAGAGCCGCUUACAGCAGUGCAAGAGAGAGGAGAAAAAACUCAAGCAGCUACAAGAGACGGCGUUUCAGCUGCGACUGGAGCACGGUCGAUCAUCACCACUCCCUGCUUUUAAUAUUACACAACAAGAUCUGGGUACAUCUGAUGACAGCUCUCUGUCUGAUUCUGUAGUGCAAGAUGAAGAAGUCACAAGCCAGUCAUCACAACUAUCCUCAGGACUCCACUAUCCAGGAGAGACUGAUCCUCCCCAGCCUUCCCCUGUGUCCUCACAGUCCGUAAUAGACGGCUCCUACAUGUCUCCAUCUGUGGCUCCACAGCCCCAGCCGUCGACCCCAAGCCAGUCUCCCCGUCCGAGCCUCGCCCCCACGCUGAGUUUAACCUCAAGCCCCGUGUAUGACCUUCCUCCCAUCCAGAACUCCCCGUGGACAGAGUCUAGUCUCGACCAACCCUACCAGAAGAGCAAGAAGUCGAGCCUCUCCAGCAAGAUGAGCAGUCCAGCCAAAAGUGAACUGUUGCCACCGUUGGAGGCUUGUUUAGCACAGUCUGCACUGCCAAUGCAACUCUCCCAUCUGAAGCUGAGCCGUACCCAGUCAAACAGCACGCCCUCCACGCCAGAGAUGCGCGUGCACAGACAGCUGUCCCUCAGGUUGUCCAACCCUGAAUCUCCAUUUGAAAAAGACCGUGGUCGCACCAGAGGUCCAAGGAGGCGACUGACAGAAUACGAAAUAACUUUACCAGAGACUCCUCCUCCUGCAAUGAACUAUGGAAACCUUGCUAGCUCUGAGGAUAGCAACUCUGAACACUCGUUUACAUCUUACAACAGCUCACCGUGUCAGGAGUUGCCCUGUGAUUUGCCCAAACAAUAUCAAUCGGCAUUCCUGCACUGUGGCCCAGUUGGCAGCUAUGGACCUCCAGCCUUCCCACGCACUGGCUUUUACCAUAAUCCCAGGCACCAGUCCAGCCCCAGUUUUCACAAAGCCUAUUAUAAUGAAGAAAUGGUCUACCCACCUGAUCUGGACUUGGCGCGGAGCUAUUACGCCCAGCAGGCUCCCUCGCCUUCCAACAGAUACGAGUAUUGGUAUAAAGACGCCGUUGUGCCCCAGCAGAGAGCACAGAGGCAUUUGCCUCCUGAUAUCAGACUCUCCUCCUCCCCAGCUCAGUGGGACCAUCCACACUUCCAGUCCAGUGGUCUCUCACAACAAGUAGUGAAUGAACAGCUCAAGUCAUGGCACCGGCGCAGCCAGUUCAAAGCCCCCAGGUCCCGCUCACUUGACAGACAGGGAGCCGUAAGAGUUAAAAGCAUGUCAGCCCGGGACUCGGUCUGCUACCAAAAUCAGAAGUACUACCAACAGGGUAUCCAACGAAGGGCUCCUCAACAAGCUGCAGAUGGCCCUCUAGGGCACUGGGUUGGAGAUGAUGGUUCUCACUUUGUAAGUCAAGUGUAAACUAAAACCACCUGAACUUGGACUGCAAACUGAACAUGUAAACUCAAUUUCCAAUUACCCGUGAAGUGAAGUAGUCAGAAAAUCAAGUCGGAUUAAGUGCUUAUUGAAAGGUCACAUCAUCCUGUUUACCUGCCUGCCUUUAUUUUGGCAUAUAGAGGGAGGAUGAAAAAACUGGAACAUCUUACACAAUAUAAUGCAAUCUAAUACAAUAAUAACACAAACUACAGCCUCCAGAGUCACUGUAAAAUUGAAUCACCUCCCUAGCAUUGUAUUUUGGAGAACUUGUUGUUUUUGUCCGCUCUCUGUAUGUUAUUUUGUACUAACAGUUACAAAUGAAGCAUUGAACUGAAUGCUUGUUAAAUGUUAAAUUGAAAGGGGAUAAACACUCUAUUUUUUUUAUUUUUGUUUUUACUGAGCAAUGUUUUAACCUGUGACUGUGUCCAAAGCCACCAUGAACGUGCUGCAAGAUCAAAACUGGUUAUUCAGUUUCUCAAAAAACAGAUUAUCAUGAUCAGAGUUUCUGCGUUAUUAAAAAAAGGGUUAUCUUGACAUGUAGAGCAAUUAUAAAUGAAAUAGUAAUUAGCAGCAAAGUGGUUGGACAUAGCAGGAGCUCUAACAGAAAUGUCCACCAAAAUUGCACAUUUAAGUUAGAAAUGUUUUUAAAAUAACUGUCUUAAUGUAACAAACGAUAACAGUUAAUCUCAGAUGAAUAAAGCCAUCAGUUAUACAACUCUAGGUACGUCAAUAUUGCUGCAUCAGAUGUGGCUAUCUGUAGCCAAAACACACUGUUAAAUAAUGCUCAUUUGUGUAGUUUACUUUUUGCAGUUUGGUAGAUGGAGAAUUAAGUGCUCCUUUUCACCCAACUGUAUGAAGGAAAUCAAUUCAUUGUAAAAUAAUGUAAAUGAGCAACAUGUUCUUUUUAUAACCACAUUUUGUGUUUAAUAUUCCCUUGAUUGAGUCACCAUUUUAAUGAACUUGAGCUGCUUAGAUUUGAUAUUUGUUUUUAUACUUACAUGUGUGGCUGUGCCGUCUAACUUGAAUUACUAACGGACUUAAUCAAUUAGAUGAAACUAGAUAUGAACUUAGCAGAUAAAGACAACAGCAGAGUCUUGAUGCUUGGCAGCUAUUGACAUGUCAAAUUGAAAUGUAAACGUCCUGAGCUUUAACAGAAUCUUUAUCAGCGUCUGUAUUAGUGCAAGCCUUUUUGUCAGAACUCACACAAUUUCAACUCUUGAGGUGAACUGUAUUUGAAACGUUUGCAACAUGUGAUUCACAAUCAAGUCUCCCACAAGCUUUUGAUGGUUGAUCAUUCGAGAAUGAGAGAAAAUUACUGCAAAUUCCUCUACAACUACACACUGACUGAUCUCUCACAGUGAUCUAUUUAUCUGUUAAUUUAUUAUGAUUUGCACCAUUGGACUCAUAGAAAGUCAGACUUUAAAUAAAAGAAGACAUGGACCUGAGUUUGCAAAAUCCAGCAGCAGUAAAGACCGUGUCUAGUUGUGUGUAUAUAUACUGUAUAUAAAAAUACAUAUAUAUAUAUAUAUAUAUAUAUAUAUAUAUAGAAAACACAAUCAUGUUACCUUGUGUGCCUCUUUUUUACUGUCUUUUUUUAUUUAUCAGUUAAAGUAGUUUAAAUGAUAAGACCUAAUAAUAAUGUGUUAUGUUGCUGUUAAAGAAAUCUGUGAAAAUGUUUUCCCUGUGGAAGAAAAU